AUGAUUAAGGCCGACGAAGCCCAGAAUCAAAAUGAAGAUCGAGAGCGCAGCCGAGAGCGGGACAGAAACCGGCGAUCUGACCGGCAGCGUCUGAAUUCAUCCAGCCGCGAUCGAAGCCGCGAGCGUAGUGGAGCUGGAGGUGGUGGUUCAGGUGGCCGACGUAUCUCCGAGCGUCGUAUUUAUGUCUCGAACAUCCCCUACGACUUUCGUUGGCAAGAUCUCAAGGACUUGUUCCGCACUGAAGUAGGAAAAGUCGCCCACGUUGAGUUGUUCACUGAUGAGAAUGAUAAGCCACGUGGGUGCGGGAUUGUUGAGUUUGAAGACUCGGACAGUGUUAAAGUCGCUGUUGAAAAAAUGCACAGAUUUGAUAUUAAAGGACGGAAGCUUGUUGUUAAAGAGGACUACGACGUAGAGCGUGACAAGUACGGUCGAUUGCAAUCCUCCCGGGACCACGACCGCUCAAGAGACGACCGCUUCCGCGAUUCUUCGCGUUCAAACGUGGGCCGAGGAAGUUUAGUCAGCUCUGGCUCAGUCUUGGGCAGCAACGGAGACAAAUUCGGCAACACUUACGGCUUGAGCACACAGUUCCUAGAAUCUUUAGGAAUAAACGGACCACUGGUGACCCGAGUGUUUGUAGCGAACCUGGACUACAAAGUCGACGAGAAAAAACUUCUGGAAGUUUUCAAGCUCGCUGGCAAAGUCUUGCACGUGGAGUUGGGCAAGGACAAGGACGGAAAGUCCCGUGGGUUCGGUGUCGUAGAGUACGACCACCCUGUUGAGUCUGUCCAGGCUAUCUCUAUGCUCCACAAUCAGCAGCUCUAUGAUAGAAGAAUGACUGUGAGACUUGACCGUGCUAACGAUCCUGACUUGCCACCGAAGCUACCAGAAGGCUUGAAGUCAAUUGGUAUGGGCUUAGGUGCUGGAGGUAAUCGGCUGAUGGAUGUUGCUAGGAAUAUUCCUAGUGUUGCUGCCAAUACUCCUGUUGUCAAUUCUAUCGCUGCUCCGGUUCUUGCUACUAGUGCUUUUGGAGGUGGACUUAAUAAUGUUGUUCCAGCUCAAUUAGCAUCAGCCUUGUCAAAUUCAAACGCAGCAGCGUUACAAGCGAGCUUAGCCAGUGGCCUUGGCAACAAUCUAGCGACUUCAUCUCUGCUGAACUCAUCCCUCACCUCCGAGCUGGCCUCCAACUUGAACAAUUUUACUGGAAACGUCAGCGGACUGUCGAGCUUGCAGGCGUCCUUAGCAGCCAGCAAUCAGGGAAGCAAUUCCUUUGGUCAACGUGGCUUGGGCAAACUUGACGGAGAUGUGGGUGGAUUUGGAGGAAGUAGCUUCGGCAAUUCUAAUUACGGAGGAAGUCGUGGAGACUUUGACGCUUUUAACCGCGACUCGGAUCGCAUGGCUAAUGCUAACGCUGUUUUCUCAGCUAAUCAGAGUCAGCAGUCUAAUGCUAAUCGACAAUCCAGCAAUGGAGCAAGACCUAUGUCUGAUACUAUUGUUAUUGCCAAUUUACCACCAAGCACAACGUGGCAAAUGUUACGCGACAAAUGCCAAGAAAUUGGUGAAGUUAAAUUUGCUGAAAUGAGAGGCAAUGAUAUUGGAAUGGUUCGUUUUGCAUCCGAGUGGGAUGCUGAGAGAGCUGUCUGUAUCCUUUGA